AUGGGACGAAGUGCCCUGGUCUGGACCCUGCUCGCAACUAUUACAGAAGCGCAGAGUGCAAUCUAUCCAUUCUACAACCUCACGGACCCAUCAACAACCCUAUUCCUAUCUUCAGUCCGUGACCAUCCAAUCCGCCUCUCCUCAGCCCUAGCCCCAACAAACAUGGCAAGCUACUCGUUGGUAAACCCAAUGACAGAAGCAUACAUAACCCCCCACUCAAUGAUCUACCCAUCAAUUCUAGGCGGAACACACUUCCUCACAGGCUCAGACAGUUUGAUCUCGCUCUUCGAUAUCUCAAGACCAGGCAAUCAAGGCCCCAUCACAUCAAUCCCAACAAUACCCAGCAAACGCAAGCAGAUUGUCGGCGGCGGCGUCGGUAUGAAGGGCAUUGUAUCAGCUCUGGCAGUCAAUCCCAGCGGAGACGGAGUCCUCGCUGCGGGCACAUUCACCAGAAAUAUUGGACUUUAUAGCUCGAAUGGCUCGGGCGAAUCGCUGGGGACAUUUAGCAUUGCGAAAACAGAAGCAAACCGUGAUAUUGGUGGCCGCGGUGUCACGCAGCUUGUUUGGAGCCCCUGUGGCAGGUAUUUGUAUAUCGCCGAGCGCAAGAGUGAUGGUGUGUUGGUUUAUGAUAUCCGGGUUCUUGGCCAGAUGCUUGGUCACCUGCGUGGUCGCAAGGCUCUUACGAAUCAGCGCAUGAACAUUGAUGUUGUACCUUCUGGUCCGGAUGGGUCUCAUGAGGUCUGGGCUGGGGGGACGGAUGGGAUGAUGAGGGUCUGGAGGGAUCCUAUUUUCUCGGCGGAAGACAAGGAUCCUGAUUGGGAGUUUAGGGUCCAUGAUGAUACCGUGUCGAGCACCAUUCUUCACCCUAUGGGUAGUGUUGUUGCUACAUGUUCUGGGCAACGGCACUACGACCAGGAUGAUUCUUCCGACGAUUCAUCCGCCGAUGAGGAUGGAUCGGUGAUGAGUGCUCGUAAAGUCGAUAACAGCCUCAAAGUUUGGUCUAUGCCAUUCUUACGCCCGGAUCUUGAGAUUGAUCAAGGUCUUGAUGACAAGGAAUACCCUACGCGAGAACCUAGUCCCCAAGAUGAGAGCCAUGAGACCACUAGGUAA